GACCCGUGUGUCCGUAUCGCUUGGACUUUGCCGUAUCGCUUGACCCGUUUGGCGUGCCUGCUAAACCCUUCUUGCCACUGCCAACUCCACUAACAAUGAGGCUGGGCUUCUAGUCCUUGUAUAAAGAGUGUGGCAGGCGCCUUCAUCGCACAAAGUAUCUUCCCGCCAAUUGCAGCACCACUGAGCUCUUUUUUUGCUACCAGCAGAGCUAACAAUCGCUACCUAAUUUACUUUCACUUUCACUUCUCACCACUAUCACCACCAUGAAGGCCACAGCGCGGGCUUUUGCCGCCAUUGCCUCCAUCGCCUCGCUGGUACUCCCCUCCGCAGCAACCGUCACGGCUGGCCAAAUCAACCCUGCUCUCGGAAGGUCUGUCAAUAUCGACUUUUCUUCCGCGUCGGAUAGCUUUGACGCUGUCGGCCCCGUAUCCUAUGGCUCCGACGGUGCAUCCUUUACCAUCUCCAAGUCCGGUGACUCGCCCAAGUUGACGUCGAAAUGGUACAUCAUGUUCGGAAAAGUCGAGUUUGUGGUGAAGGUAUCCCCAGGCACCGGUAUUGUCAGUUCUGCCAUCCUACAGUCGGACGACCUGGAUGAGAUCGAUUGGGAGUGGCUUGGUGGCGAUCCGGAUCAGGUCCAGAGCAACUUCUUUGGACAGGGUCAAACCACAUCUUGGACCAGAGGUGCAUUCCACUCGAACCCUGCAAACCAAGCCACGUUCAAGACCUACACCAUCGACUGGACAGCAGAGCAGCUUCUGUGGCAGAUUGACGGAGUUACGGUGCGAGCUCUGAAGCCAGCGGAUGCGCAAAACCAAUACCCCCAGACACCCAUGCAAAUCAAGAUGGGAUCAUGGGCAGGUGGAGAUGUCGAUCUCAACGAGCCCGGAACAGUCCAGUGGGCAGGUGGAGCCACGGACUACUCACAAGGACCUUUCUCUAUGGUGCUCAAAUCCUUGAGCGUGACGGAUUACUCUACCGGCAAGCAGUACCAGUACGGCGACAACAGCGGCACUUGGCAGUCGAUCAAGGUAGUUGGUGGAAAAGUCAGCUCUGGAGACGCCGUUAUUGACAAUGACGCGCCCGCGGUUACGUCUACCGCCAGUGGCCAGCCAAUCCCGUGGUCUGGCAAGGACUCGUCCUCCACAAUCGUCAGAUCGUCUGUUUACCCCUGGGUGCCAGAGUCGACGACGCUUUCGACCUCAACUGUGUCUGCCACCAACUACCCCGGCCUUCCAAGUGGUUGGACAGUCACCGGUUCAGGCAAAGUAAUCCCGCCUAGCUCUGCACCUGUGAUCGACAUCCCACGCCGGUGCAUCUACCUCAUUGCCAUCGGCAUCUCAGUCGGCUUCUUCCUUGUCUGGCGCUAAUAAGGCCCAGGCGCAAUCAGCUGGCUCUUCAGAGGGCGCAUCUCCGGCCCCGACUCAUACCAACGCCGGCGGUCGCACUGACAUUCUGUGGCGCGCAUUUGGAUUUUGCUUCUUCUUCGCCGUUGCCUUCCUGUCCUAAGCAUCAGGUUCGGUUUAAUCUGCCGCUUUAUACCCCCUAAUAGCAUAAGCGGUCCUUCCAGUUUUUGGCAUAGCGAUAGGCGCAUGGGAUAGACUUGAAUAGUCUUUGGGGCUCACGAGAACAGGCGUCGUGAUGAAUGUCGGCGCGGCUCGUGGCUCCAGUGUACGACGAAUAAAAGAAAGAGAUGCAUAGAUGCUAUAGAUAGGAUUACACAUGCAGUUACUUUGUCCGAC